AUGACUGAUCUCAGGUUACUCACCUACUACCUCGGUAUUAAAGUGGACCAAAGGAAAGAUUGUAUCAUGCUAAAGAAAUCGGCCUAUGCUGAGAAGGUAUUGACAGACUGCAACCCGACCAAGUAUCUAAUGGAUGCAAAGUUACGACUUGAAAAAAAUGCUAAAGGAGGUUUAGUGAAUUCCACUGUGUAUAGCUGCGUUAUCGAAAGUCUAAGGUUCUUGACUCAUACUUGUCUGAACCUUUUAUCUACUGUUGGAAUGAUGAGUAGGUACAUGAAAAAACCUACAAUGAUGUAUCAUCAAAAGACUAAGUACAUUCCCCUCUAUGUGAAGGAAACCACGAGCUACGAACUAAAGUAUCAAAGAGGGCGAUGUUCUGAAGAAUUAGUUGGUUUUACCGAUAGUAAUGUAAUUGGAAACAUUGACGAUAAAAAAAGCACCAUAGGAAUGACAUUUUACUUCAACAUAAAUUUGAUCUCUAGGCAAUCUCAGAAGUAG